AUGGCUUUUCACCCCAGGGACGCCUUUAUUUUGCACCAGGAGCAAAUACAGAGAUACAAUGAGGGUGACGAGGUGGAUACUUCCGCAGAGCAGAAGGUACAGAUAGAGCUGCAGCGGCUCACAGACUCAGAGUCAACGGUGACGAUCGCCUUCUCUCAUGAGGAUCACACUUUGGGAAACCCAUUACGGCAUGUUCUCAUGCAAAACCGUGAAGUGACAAGCGCCGGAUACGCCAUUCCCCACCCACUGGAAGCGAAAAUGCUCUUGCAUGUUCAGUCUACUGAUUACGCUGUAGAGGCAGUUGCAGAAGGGCUUGAGCGUUUGGCUUCUAUAUGCGAUGAGACGCUGCAAAGCUUUGAAGAUUGCAUGCAUAGGAUGAGGUACGAGGGAGUUAAACAAGAAUAG